AUGGCGGACUCGGGCCGGAUCGGACCGGCGGACCCCGAGGCCGCGGCCGGCCGCUCGGAGAGCUCGGAGAGCCCGCUGGCCGUGCGGAGGAGGCGGUCCCCGGGGCUCCGGUCCCCGGGGCUCCGGUCCCGGCACCAGAGCUCCGCACCGGGCCACUGCUUCCGGAGGGUCACGCUGACCAAGCCCACGUUCUGCCACAGCUGCAGCGACUUCAUCUGGGGCCUGGUGGGCUUCCUGUGUGAAGUGUGUAACUUCAUGUGUCAUGAGAAAUGUCUGAAGACGCUGAGAUCGGUUUGUUCCUGCGUGACUGCGUGUGAGGUCCGGGUGCCAGUGGCUCACUGCUUCGGUCCGGCAGGUCAGAAGAAACGUUUCUGCUGCGUCUGCAGGAAACACACGGAGGGAAACACGGCGCUGCGCUGCGAAGUGUGUGAGCUGCAUGUCCACGCUGACUGUGCCACGUUCACCUGUGCCGACUGCCGCCGCUGUCACCUGGACGGGACCCUGGAGCAGGAUACGGUUCCCCACCACUGGAGGGAGGGGAACCUGGCGUCGGCAGCGAGGUGUGAGGUGUGCCGGCGCUCCUGCGGCUCGUCCGACGUCCUGGCCGGGAUGAGGUGUGAGUGGUGCGGCAUCACGAGCCAUGCGGCGUGUUACCUCAGCGUGCCACCAGGGUGCACUGUGGGGCGUCUGCACGGCAUGCUGCUGCACCCGGCCUGCGUCCAGCUCCACUCCAGGAACUUCAGCAAGAUGCACUGCUACCGUAUCACAGAGAGCUGCAGCCCCGAGCUGGAUAACUCCGAUGACGUGGAUCCGCCUGCGGUGGGGUGUAAAGACGUUCAGCCGGCCGCUGCCGAGUCAGGUAAGCAGUUUCUCAAGGUGUUCGACGGCGAUGAUGCAGUCAAACGAAGUUACUUCAGACUCGUCUCCAUUUUUCGAGCCACAAGGAAUGAGGAAGUUGUGGAGGCGGCACUGAGGGCCUUCUACCUCCCAGAUGAGCCUCAGGACUUCGAGCUGCACGAGAUCGGCGGUCUGCAGCGUCUCCAUAGCGACGACAUCCUGAACCGUAAUGGUCCCGACAACAGGAGCUCUCAGAAGGACGGAGGCGACGCCUGGCUGCUGAGGCCCAAACCCCGAGGAGCUGAGGUCCUCCAGGUGUACGCCGGCUGGCCCAGGUCGGGUGCAGCUUCCGUGCGUGUCUCCGUCUCCAAGGACGCCACGGCAGCUUCAGUCCUCACUGAGGUCCUCAGGCAGCUGGACAGACAGGUACACAUUUUUUAUACAUCUUGGGCGAUAAAUGAGCAGCUGACGUCUCUGUCGUUCCAGGAGGAGGACGAGUCCAGCUUCAGUCUUCUGGAGGUUUUCAUGAGCAGCAAGCAAGUGCAGAGACAGACGCUGACGCCUCAGGAGAAGAUUCUGGACAAACUGCAGGAGAUCAGGAAGUUGUCCCUGCGACAGAUGAACCAGACUCGGUUCUACGUCGUGGCGAACAGGAAGCGGGCGGUGCAGGUCGACCUGCUGAUUGGAGGACUGCCCCCCCUGCUGGCCAGAGAGGAGUACGCCCAGCUGAUCCAGGAACAGCUGACCAUCAAGAGUCACCUGGUCACCAUCACCCACUUCUACCCCAGUCAAGGUGCGGUGGUGCUGCAGGUCUCGUGUUUCUCUGAAGCCGAGCGGAUCUACAUGUUGGCUAAAGACACGUCUGUCAACAACAAGACGCUGACGUCUCUGGUCGUCCCAGAGAUCCUGCACAACAAACUGGCUGCAGACGUCUGCCCCCUGCUGGUGUUCGUCAACCCGCGGAGCGGAGGCCUGAAGGGCCGCGAGCUGCUCUACAGCUUCAGGAAGCUCCUGAACCCCCAUCAGGUCUUUGACAUGUCCACCGGAGGACUGCUGGCCGGUCUCCACACCUUCAGGGAGGUGCCCCGGUUCCGGGUGCUGGUCUGUGGGGGGGACGGGACGCUGGGCUGGGUGCUGGGAGUCCUGGAGGCCGUCCGGCACAAACUGGUCUGUCGAGAGCCGCCCAUCGGCAUCGUGCCUCUGGGAACAGGUAACGACCUGGCUCGUAUCCUGCGUUGGGGGCCGGGCUACAGCAGCGAGGACCCCCACCACAUCCUGGUCUCUGUGGACGAAGCAGACGAGGUUCUGAUGGACCGCUGGACCAUCCUGCUGGACGCUCAGGACAUGUCUGAGGACGGACAAGACAACGGCUUCCUUGAGCCGCCCAAGAUUGUACAGAUGAACAACUACUUUGGUUUGGGCAUCGACGCAGAGCUCAGCCUGGACUUCCACACGGCCCGAGAGGACGAGCCUGAUAAGUUCAGGAGCAGGUUCCAUAACAAAGGAGUGUACGUGAAGGUCGGUCUUCAGAAGAUCAUCUACACCAGGAGUCUUCACAACGAGCUGCAGCUGCAGGUGGACUCUCAGAACGUCCCACUGCCCAACAUAGAGGGACUGAUCUUCCUCAACAUCCCCAGUUGGGGUUCAGGCGCUGACCUUUGGGGGACAGAGGUCGAUGGUCGCUAUGGGAGACCGAGCAUCGAUGACGGCCUGUUGGAGGUGGUGGGGGUCACGGGGGUCGUCCACAUGGGCCAGGUGCAGAGUGGCCUCCGCUCUGGGAUCCGGAUCGCUCAGGGGAACUACAUCCGGCUGACGGUCAGUAAGCCCAUCCCGGUGCAGGUGGACGGAGAACCGUGGAUCCAGCCGCCGGGUCACAUCAUCAUCUCUGCCGCUGGACCAAAGGUCCGGAUGCUGAGGAAGUCCAGGCAGAAGCAGAAGAAGUCCUCAGCCGGAGCGAAGGACGCUCGCUCAGAGAGUCCGUCCUCCAGGGACGCUGGACACUCCUGAAGAGGAAUGAGCAGCUCCACGGUCUUUAUGAGCUCAAGUUCUUCUCAUUAUGAACAAACCCGAUCAAACCCUCCAGAGGAUUGUGAGGUUUUUAAGAAGCUGCCAACACGUUAUCAUUUAUUCUUCUCGUGUGAAAUCCGAUAAUAUUGUUGGUUUUUCAAAUCGCCCAAAAUUGAUGUUGUGGUGAAGCAGCGAAGCUGAUGAGCGUAAAACGAAAUGUCUCCGUCUCUGAAACCACGUUCACCAACGAGCUGCGAAGAUUCACACGAGUCAGAGACUGGAUCGGUUCGAAUGAGACGAAUCAACUGGAGAUAAAACACCUGAAG